AUGAAACCAUUUUGGAUAUAUAUAUUUUUAUUUAUUUUUAGUGGUGUUAGGGCGGAUGAAUCUACAACUUCAGCAUCAUCAUCGGUGGAGCCUGCACCAACACCUUCAACUUUAGUUGACAUACUAUCGGCACGACCACAGUUUUCGUAUUUUCUUCGUCUUCUACAGCGACAAGGAAUGAUACCGACACUAAAUCAAAUGAAAAAUGUUACUUUAUUAGCCCCAAUAAAUCUGGCAUUUGUUGGAGAAAAAAGUAUAGACUGGGAUAAUAAUGGUUUGAACAGAUAUAUUGUUAAUCAAAAACUUCGUGUUGGAUUAUUGGGAAAAUCCGAAUCAGUUUAUGAAACAUUAUAUAAGGUGGGCAAUACCAAUUAUCUGAUAGCAGUAAGUCCUGAUUUUGAGAGUUUGGAGUAUGUAAUUGACGAUGUGUCUUAUAUUGUGGAAGAAGAUGUGUAUGCUAAGCACCAGUAUUCCUAUAUUCAAGGCAUUGACCAUUUGUUACCAGAAAAACCAACUAUUUGCGAAGUUCUAAUGAAUAACACCAACCCUGAAAUAUCUUUAUUCAGCAAAAUUUUUCAACUGUUAUUUCUAGAUAUUGAUGAACAGCAAGUACAAGACAAGCGGAAGAAAAAAAAUCAUAAAAAACCAAAAAAGACAAAAUUACCCCCUUUACCUAACUCAUGCAAUGAGUUUCUUAAUGGAACUCGAACGAUAAUAGCUCCAUCAAAUAAGGUUUUGAAAAAUUCGUUGACAGAUAUACAAUUGAGGUAUUAUUUGUCAAAUAGUGAUUUUGCAAGGUAUGCUAGCACCACAGACUCAGUAUCUGAAAUUAAACACGAUGUUAUGAGCUUGCUUCAAAACCUUAUGUUCCCCACAUUGAUUGUUGGUGCCAAUAACACUAAUUCCAAAAUCAAAUCGAAUUCAGGAAAGAGCCAUAAAUUCAAACUUGAAGAUGGUCAUGUGAAAAUUGAUAAAGUGGCUGUAAGUGAGAGUCAUGUAUCUGCUGAUGGUGUCAUUCAUAUCUUUAAGGAUACAGGUCAGCUUUUUUACAAGCUCAAUAUACCGACAGCGGAGAUGAUUGCAAGAAAAUCUUUGUACGCUUUGCAUUAUUCGAAUUUUGUUGAUGAACUUUAUUUCCGAUCUCUUGGCCACCUUGUUGAUGGGUCGAGCGAGAAUCAAUCCAUCUUUCUUGAUAUAAAUCAAAGAGAUGACGUCGAAGAUGAUGAUGUGGAAGGGACAAUGGUUUCAUUUAGCUCCAAACAAAGCAUAUUGUACCAAUUUGUUGAUGGUAAAAUAGACGUUCAUGAUAGUAUGCACUCAUUGCUUGAUACCAAACUUUGCUCAAAGAAGAAAAUAGGCGGCUGCUUUAAACUAAAGUUUUCAACUUCGCACGGGAAGAACAAUAUAACAGUUAAUGAUGAAGUGCACAUCCAGGAAUAUACACCGAUAGCAAAUGACAGUUUUAUAUUUGUGGCGAAUGGAGAAAUUACCCCACCCGUUAAUCUUAAGCAUUCUUUGGGUGAUUUGAUUUCAAGUGGAGCUGUACAUAGACAUUUGGAGAAUAUUGAAAUUGACCAGGGCAGUUGUUUGAGAACUUUGGAAUACAUCAACCGCUUUGGGUUGUCUUCCUUGCGCGACAAUGAUGAAGGAUAUUCUAUAUUUUUACCAUGUGGCACCACAGAUACAAAAGGUACAUGGAAAGAUCUAGGGUUGAUUUUAACAUAUUUAGAGAGAAAUCCUCAUAUGCUUGAAAUGGUAGUCAAAAGUAUGUUUAUGGAAGGAAUGGUAUAUUCAGAUUUUGCUUCACAUAAAAAGCUCCAAGACUUGAAUGGAAACCAGGUUAAAUUCAAGAGUUGGGGUAUAGCAGAUGAUGUAAAUGAGGCUACAUUGAAUAACACCCAACUUUCUCUCCCAUUAAACUCAGAUUUACUAUUCCAACAAGGUGUCAUCCAUGUGACAAACAAAGUUUUUUUCCCAGAUGAUUUUGAAGUUCCAAUUGAAGAAUUGAUCAAGACUACAUAUGAUUCAAAUUUCCCAAACUUUUUUAUGUGGGAUAUUUUAAAAAUGUAUCCGAAUAUAAAGAACGUGAUUACAGGAGAAAUGCCCUAUUCGUUAUUGAUUCCAACAGCAGAGUCUUUGAAAGACUUUAAUGUCACCACGUCAAUGAAAGAUUUAUUGCGAUUCAUUGACUUCCAUUUGAUACCAAACAGUGAAGUUGGAAAGAUCCUCGAUUGCAUAUCAGGAGUGGGGUAUAACAAGUCUGUUUUCAGAACAAAUUUAUCAGAAGGUGGCUUAAUAUGUAAGCACAAACCCCAAACAAACAAGGUCAUGUUACAGUUGCAUAAACUAAAUACAACCUCAGCUGUUUCUUACAACAAGGAUCAAGAAGUCAGAUUGCUUAGCCACGGAUGCACAAAGAACUAUCGAAACGAAACAGACCAACUAUCGUGUGUAUUUUUGAUACAAAAGCCAUUGAACCUUCAAUGGUUCGAGAGACCCAAUAGCGGAGACAACUUUUUACAUGUGCACUUGGGAUUAGUCAGUGUUGGUGUUGGUGUGAUUUUAGGGUUAAUAAUAUUUGGUGGUGUAAUGGUUGGUUUGAUGUUCUGUAUCGGAAAAAGAGAAAAGAAUGAUAACAAAGACGAUUUCGAGUUUCCAAGGUCAGACGCAGGGUUUAUGAGCGUUUUGACUGAUGAUGACGAGUUUGUUCCUUAUGAUAGAGGCUAUGAGACUGACGUUGACGUUUUGCGGACAGAAACCGAUGCAUUACUUCCAAGUCACAUGAAAAGAAAGAAGCGUGUUAAAAAACCUGACUAUGGGUCUACAAAGCAGGGAAUUAAUGGUGUCACGUUACCAAGAGACAUAGGAGACAUUAGAAGCACAUUAAAUCGUGAAAGAAAUCUACCGGGAUAUUCACAAUAUUGA